ACAUGAUACAUGUAUGUGCACCGUAUUUGAAAGGCUACAUAAUACAUAGGAACAUACAUAGGAACUGUAUGUACACGAAUGUUAGAAAUAAAAAUUUACAACAAAUCAGUGAAAUAUUACAGCCAAACUGAAUGUUAUCAGAGAUUUUUAAAUGUAUUUUUGUAUGUCUGAUAUAAUAUUAUGUUAUUUGGUUUGUUGAGCGAAAUCCGACACCACUGCGUCUAGUUUUAAAAAACCCGGAGUCUUUAAGGACAGCUAAUUCGUCAAUGAAGAGUCUAUCAAACCUGCGGCACAUUUAUAUUUACCGCCCGGUCAGCAGGACGUCUUCAGACAUGAUGUCGUCACCGGAAAUAAACAACUCAGAUCAUCUCCGCACGUGACAGUUGGCUCAAGCCAAACCCAGUUUCGGUUCCUGUAUGUUUCUAGGCGACUUACCUUAUUACGCCGAGACCGUGCGUGUUUCUAUAGAUCACACUAAUAAGAUGCAUGUCUAGGUCUUGUGUGGUCGUAUUAAUAAUGUGUGACAUUUCUCAGGAAAUUUCAUGAUGAUGAAAGUUGGAAGAGGGAAGUUGAACCCGCUGUCAAAACAUUCCCUGUAGGCGAAAAGUACAAGCUGGAAUUGAAUAAUUCUAAAAUAAUCAAACAGGCAUAGAAUUCUGAUAAAUGUAGAAUAUAUACAUGUUUCAACUCCGCCUGUUGGGACUCUAUUUAUGAUGGAACCAUUAAAUAAGGAGAAAAAGAAAGCUAGUCUGACCGACCUUGAAGAAGGAACUUGUCUCACUUUCCCACAGUAUGGGAGCGGAAGUUUUUUGAUUGGAUUAUCAGCUGAAGAUAAGGUCUGCAUGGUCAAUUGGGAGGAAAGAGACAAAGAUCGCCAUAUUGUUGUUGAACUUUUCCGCAUAGACCACACAGCUGAGAAUAGUUACUACUUAACGCCUAUUACUACAGACCUCCCUUGUUCUGUUAGCAGAAAUCUUGUUAGGGAACGCCAACAAUUGUUGAAAGAAUGUAAAAUAGAGAUUGGUGACAAGGUUUUGAAAUUUUCGGAUGGAGGCAAGAAGCCACGCAAACUUCCUCCAACCCCAGGGGUGAUGAUCCUGCCCACUGCCCCACCCAAACCCAAACGGAACAACGAUCAGGGCAUCUCUGAUGAAGAUGUCAGGAAAGAGAUUGCCAGUGUAGCUGCAAGUCAUGUUGUAAGGCAAAUGAUGUUGUACACAGAUUUGAAAAUGUCAGUGACCAUGAUGGAUGAACUAUACCGAGCAUUUCAGAGUGUUGUGGAGAUAAACAGAGAGAUGUUGUAUGAUUUUCUGGAAGAGUCAAAGAAGGAAAUGGAACAAAACAAACGUGCCAGGUCAUCUGGUCUAGCUGCUGUGCAGCCUCUUCAUGGACCAGUUAUUGAACUGCUGGUGGAACUGCUAAAACAUUCCUUGGACCCUGUCUCACAUGUUAUUUUAUGGCUACUGUUUUUGCGGACUCUCAGCCAUUUCACCCAGAAUAUGAAAAAGAUGGUGGCUUGUCAGGCAGCUGCUGCUAUAAUGGGAUCCAUGGCAGUCUAUUUAGAAGUCCCUGAAGUUCAACAGUUUGGGCUUGAAAUACUAUGUAAGCUGGCAACCUACCAACCAGAAAAUAAUGAAAAGGCACCUGUACGUGAAACAGGAGUGGAAAUGAUCAUACGAGCUAUGAAGUAUCACGAAGGUGCCCUAGCAAUCCUUCGACCUGCUUGUCGAGCUCUGGCCAAUUUGGCUUUGACUGUUUCAGGAUUAUGCAUCGAUGAUUCAGGGUCAGAAAAUGGGGAAGCUGUACAGCGGAGACAGGAAUUGCUGUCAUACAUCCAUAAAGAAGCCAUCCCUGUAGUACAAGAUGCCAUGUGUGCCUUCCCUCGAGACUUAGGGGUUCAGAUGGAAAGCAGGCGAUUGUUUGCUGUAUUUGCACCAGAAAAAGACAGUUCUGUGACAGAUUUGGUGAACAUUACAGAGGAAGAAGCCAUCAGCCUUGAUGAUAGCGACAUUGACAGCCGAGACAAAGAAGAAGCAAAACCAGGCAUCUUGAAAUCUGCUCGAUCUUUUGAAAACCUUCGCUCACCAAGGCGCAAAGUGCAGUUUACAGCAGAAACUGUUGGAGGUUCUCUGUCAAGUGAUUCCAUAUUUUUGGAUUCCAUAGAAACCAGUAAUCGUUUUGAUUCUGGAUCAGGUCGCUUCAUGGAUUCAUUUGGCAAUGAAAUGGACAUGCCAGAUUCAGCCACUUACAUUGGGGAAGAAAACAUGUUUUUCCCAGAGACACCUAAAGUUUCAUUGGAAGGGAACAAUACAUCCACACCUCAGUUAAUCUAUGUCCCGCCUUGCUCUGGUAGUGAAGACUCUGAUCAAAGUGUCACAAGGGGAAAUGACUCCCAAAACCGUUAUGACAGCUUUGACGCUGAAAUAGACAACAGUGUAAAUCAGCUAUCAGAAGUAUUAAUCGAAAAAUCUUCUCCACAAGACAGUUCAGAUAGCACAGAUGAUUCUAUGCAACAAUCCAAAGAAGUUUGUGAAUCACCACCUGUUGUCUUAGAACCACCACCACCUGUUGUCUUAGAACCACCACCACCUGUUGUCUUAGAACCACCACCACCUGUACCACCAAGGCAGGCAUUGUCAACCUCGAAAGGAAAUGAGAUUAAACAAGAUCGCACGAAAGCAGAGGUCCAGUUUCUUACUCGCCUCAUGAGAACUGUUAUAACUGGACACAUUUGUUCAUUGGUUCUCUCUGGUGAAGAUUCCCAGGCUCUGCAAGCAAUAGAUCAGCCACUGGAAAGCCUUCUUCAGUCUGCAAAUGUCAAUGAGUUCCUUCUAUUGAGUAUGGCUGAAGAAUACUCACUUAAAAAGUCAUUAAUGGACAUAGAUCCUGUGAUGGUCAUCAGUAUUAUUGAUGCUGUGAGAUACAGAUCGCUUACAUGUGACCUCCUGAAGUCCAGUCUAACGGAGCUGCUCAGUCGGAUGAGUGACAAAUUGAACGCAGAAGUCUCGAAUUGUGCUUUCGAAAGUAUAUACGUCACUAUUGCAGAUGUCAACUUGGAACCAAUAUUUUUAGAGAAGAAAUUUGUUCGACAGAUGAUAAAAUCUCUACCUCAUGUUCAGGGAGAAUUUCUCAAGACUAAAGUAGAAGAACUGCAGGCCAUGUUGACAGACCUGUUGUAAUUGUUGAUAGGAGUUGUCUGUCUC